GAGCCCCUCGCCCGCACUUCCGAUCUCGCGACAGCUGCCGCGUUAAAAUGGCUACAAUGUAACCUCCCGCCUGGCUUUGAUGCUGCCCGAGCCGCGGAGGGGGGAGGGAGCAGGGGAUCCCCCCCUUUGGAAGAAACCAAACCCGUUUGCUGCUGCUGCUGCUGCUGCUGCUGCAAAAGGCACGCCGCGAGGAUUUCCUGCCUGAGAGAUGGAGAAGACACCCUCGCCUGUGCACGCCCUGCCUGCUGCUGCUGCACUUGCUUGCCAAGACCUCAGGGCUUCCCCCAGCCGCAUCAGAAGCAAACCAGAGAAAGAAGAGGGGCUGCAGCCACCACUGGUGACUUCUCUCAUGGCCUCCUCAGGGGGCUCGACUGAUCCCGGGCCUGCACGGAGCCAGUCCCAGCCCACGCCAACUGGAGGCAGCAGGAUCCGGAAGCAGGACCUGCGACUCCCAAAGCGCAGACCCCCAGGGAAACGUUACCAGUGCUCUGGUGACGGCUGCAGACUCGCCUGCCGGAGCCUGAAAGAACUGCUAGACCACAUGCCCGUCCACUACCGGCCCACAGAGUCCCUGGAGGGGAAGAUUUUCCGCUGUUCUGCUCUGGGCUGCGUGGAAUUGUUCCCCACCAUGCAAGACCUCAUGGGGCACAUGAAGGUCCACUACAAGCCAAACCGCUACUUCAAAUGUGAGAAUUGCAUGUCGCGUUUCCAGACUUACCGUUCCCUCUUCAAGCACCUGCAUAGUUGCUCUGACGCUGCUGCCGCCGCUGCCGCUGGCCCUUCUCCGGUCCUCGUGGCAGAGAAGCCCACCUUGCCGCCUACCUCCGGCUCAGAGAAGGAGCCCCCGUCGAAGCUGCUUGAAGACCCCCCCAAAGCCCAGAGCGUCAUCCAGAACCUCAAGAAGGACGCCGUCCUCCCCAGCAUGACGGAGGCUGCUCCGGCCACUGACUCACUGCCAGCCAGCCUCCACGGCCCCUUAGGGCCAAUGCCAAUACCCUUGCCGGCCUCUCACCCGUACCCCCUGCUGGAACAGUCUCUCUUCGGACCUCCUUCCCUGGCAAGAUUCUCCGGGCCGGCUCACCCUUCAGUCCCGGGGCCCUUUUUGCCCUAUAUGCACCCCGCAACCUACACUUUACCUCAGGCUGCUGUCCAGAAUCGCCUCAGGCCUUUCCUGCCUGGCCAGGGUCUCCCUGUCUCCAAUGCUGUCUGGAAGAAAAGCCAAGGACACUCCUCCAACAGCCGCAUUGUGUGGGAACACACUCGGGGCCGCUACAAUUGCCUCCAGUGUCCCUACUCCACGGCCUCGCGGGAGGAGGUGACUCAACACAUCGAAGACCACCGCAAGAACCCCUCCCCGCCCACCCGCCUGGAGGGUGAAAUGGACUUUGGAGUUGGGCUUCCCUCGUUCCACCCAAAGCUGACGCCCGAAGUGGAAAAUGCCCUCUUCUCUCCCCUGUGAGGCUUCCGCCGUGCUGCCCCAAUCUCUCGUUUUAUCCUCAUCACUAUUUCUCUCCCCUGCCCCCAGUCCCGAAGGUGUAGAAAAGGAUGGGGAGGGAAGGGUCUGCUCCUCCCCACCUCCCUCUCAAAAGAAAAGAAAGUGUGCAAGAGCGUGUGUACAAGUGUGUGAAGACACACCACACGAGAAAGCUUUCCUCCCUCCCACUCCUAAGAAUGUGGAUGAAAUUUAAUUAUUAUUAAUAUUAAUUUAAUCUAGGAACUUUCUGUGCAUUGUUCUUUCCCGGCCAGACUUGGUUUCUCUUGCUUUAAGGCAAAAACCUUCUUCCCUGCCUCUUGGAGGGGCCCCUCCCUUACAGCUGAUGAUGAGGUCUGCUCAGGUUUGUUAGUGGGCUAGUUGCUGCUUUUGCAAAAAAGACAACAAAAAAGCAAACAAAGAAAUAAAAUGGGAAUUGUACAGAAAGAGAGAGUGUGCCUUGUUGCAUGUGUGUUUCUCACUAUCUUUCAAAGGAUGGGCUUGUUUUCUCCCCAGCUGUUCAUAGCUAGCUAGUGGCAAAGGCCUCAAGGAACACCAUUUUUUUUUAAAUAAGCACACUGGCUGUUCAGGCUCAAGGUGAGCCUCGUGGACGACACUCUCAAAAACAGGAGCUGCAUUUCUUCGGAUGUGAAAUCCCACCCACCCAAGGAGGCCUGUUGCAAGUAGCAGACAGCAGCUCUGGUUAAAGGUGGGGCACAGAAGAUGAGCCCUUUUCCCUGCAGGAAUGAAUGGAGCUUGCAAGGCUUUCUUCAGGACCUCAAGGGAGGACGCGGAGGCAGCAGGGCUGGCCUUGGUAACCAGCCUUGCUCUUGCCCUGCAGCCCUGGGAGAAGCCGACCCCACAAGCUCACCCCAGCCGCCUGCCUUGCCAAGCGGACAGAGCCAUCUCUGUCAUGCCACCAAGGAGAAGCCAGACACUCUGUUUC